CUCCACACUCUGUGCCAUGUCGCGCCGAGCAGGAGCCACCCACCUCGCACAGAUCUACGGUACCGAGAGGGACAAGGUCAACUGCUCGUUCUACUUCAAGAUGGGCGCUUGCCGCCAUGGCGAUACCUGCAAUCGCACACACGUGGCUCCGGCCUUUUCGCAGACUGUCAUGCUGCCCAACAUGUACAUCCCGCCCACCACCCGCGCACAGCUCGCGCGACCGCCUCAUCGCAAUCUCCCAGACCCACCUCCAUCCUCCUCUGCACCCGCGUGCCCACCUGCACCCGCAUCAGCAUCCACGACGACAGCACCCGGACUUGAGCCAUCGACAUCGGCGCCCGCUUCGGCAGCUGGCCAAGAGCCGAUGGAGCUUGAGACUGGCGCAGCAGGUCCCGCCAGCUCGGCACAAGCGACCGAACCGGUUCCGGUCGACGAUGAGGCGCCUUUGGUGCCCGCACGGGUACCUGAUGGCGAUCUGAGUGCGCCACCGUCAGCCGACGAGCUGCAGGCACACUUUGACGACUUUUAUGAGGAUGUGUACCUUGAGAUGGCAAAGUGCGGCAAGGUGCUCGAGCUCCACACCGCCGCCAACGCGACCGAGCACCUCGCAGGCAACGUGUACUGCAUGUUUGCCACCGAAGACGCCGCAGAUCGCGCCGUCGCCCUUUUCCAUCGCCGCUUCUUUGCAGGCCGCCAGCUGAAGUGCGAGCUCUCGCCGGUCACCGACUUUGCCGAGGCCAAGUGCAAGGAGCUCAGCCUCGGCCGCUGCAACUAUGGUGUCUCGUGUAACUUUCUCCACAUGCGCUACCUCUCGCCUGACGCCGCCCUCGACGUCCACGGCCGCCGUCCACCUGCCACCUUUAUCAUCGGCGAUGACGAUCCGCGCGGCCGCGGCGGUCACGAUCGCGGUGGCUACGACCGUGGCGGCUACGACCGUGGCGGCUACGACCGUGGCGGCUACGACCGUGGCGGCUACGAUCGUGGUGGCUACGAUCGUGGCGGUUACGACCGGAACCGCGACCGUGACCGUGACCGCGACCGUGACCGUCACAGGGGCUAUGUUGGCGAUCGCGGCAGCCACGGCGGUGGUGGCUACCGCGACCGCGACCGCGGCUCCCGUGGCGGCUACGAUGACUACGGCGACCGCGGAGAUGGCCAAGCCGACGCAGCCCACCACUUUGUGGACCAUGUCAAUAAGCUGCUCGGCCUCUCAUACACCCUCGAUACUGCCCUCAAGGUCACCACACCCGACGAAGAGACAAGCUUAGUCUGCAGCUGCGGUGCUGUGGUGGGGUCAGCCAUGCUCGCCGACCACAAGUCGUCGUGCUCGGGCAAGUGGAACUACGCAGCCAUGUUUGAGGCACUCUCGCAAGUCGGGCCUGUCCUCAUUCGCUACGCAAAUGACUCGAACGUCUGCUUCUCCUGCGGCCGCUCAUUCCGUACCCGUGACAAGCUCGUCUCCCAUUGCAGGGCGGUGGGGCAUUCUACCAACAACUUGUCGCCACGCGAUGAAAGCGCUGCCGACGCUGCAGAUGCCGCCGCCAACGCUGCUGCUGCCCGCAACGUCGGUGCUACGCGCAGCAAGGGGGUUAAGUCCAAGAAGAAGCCUGCAUGCAAGGCUACGUCGCCGCCGCCAGCGGCUGUCGACACUAACUCUGCGCCCGGCUAUCCAUGCACGGCAUGCGCGGGUGUGUUCCCGACCAAAUCGCAGAUGGAAAAGCACAUUUCUGCCGUUCAUCGCGAGCUCCAUUGUGUGCCAUGCGGCCGGUUUUUUGCCACAAGGGCGUACCGCGAGCAGCACGACCGCGACAAGCACCGCGAGAGCUCGGCCGACGCCGAGGAUGCAGGCGCCAGCGCGGCUAGCGCGGUACCCGUGUUCUCAGGUGACGCCAAUGGCUUUGUGUGUGCCUUCUGCCAGCACAGCUUCAACAAUGCGAUCCAGCUGUUCCAGCACUUGACCUCGACCGGGCACGACAAAGAAGUUGUCGACGAGCGCUUGCCGUACCAAGACGAACGGCCACGGUCUGCAAUCUCAACGCCGCAGCAUGUUUGCCGCGAGUGUGGGCAGGCGUUCGCCAAUGGCUCGAUGCUCGAGCGGCAUCUCGACCGGGUUCAUCCGGACUUGGCGGCGCAGGACGAGGCCGAUCUCCGCGCAGCGGCGAUGCGGGCCACGCAUACCUGCUCGUGCGGACGCGACUUUCCCUCCCGCGCCGCGCUCAUGCAGCACUCGCGGUCGUCUGGCCACAACCGUGGCCGGUCGACAUUUGCCACUGCGCCGACCGCCAUGUCGAGCGCUUCCCCGCUGUCUCAAACGGCGACUCUGCCGCCUGCUGUGGCCGGCCCUAUCUGCAACCACUGUGGAAUCCGGUUUGCCAACCACGAUGCGCUCGAUGACCAUGUCCUCGAGGUGGUGCUCGAGCGCUCGCGUGCGGCCGCCGCCGCCGCCGAAGAGGAGGAGCGCAAGUUGGAGGUCGAGCGCCAGGCCGCCGCACGCGCGCAGGUACAGGCGCGAGCCGCGCAGGCCGCUGCUCGUGCGCAGGCACAGGCACAAGCCGAGGCACAAGCUCGAGCCGAGGCCCGCGCCCGCGCUGCACAGGCGCAGGCCGAGGCACAACUCCAGGCGAGGGCCCAGUCCCAGUCCCAGUCCCAGUCCCAGUCCCGCGCUUCUUUUGGUGGACUCUCCGGCCUCCACACCCGGGUGCAGCCCGAGCCAUCGAGUGCGCCAGCCGGCAUGGGCCUUUCGGGCCUCGCCAUGCAGAUACGGACCGGCAGCAGGGCGCAGGCACCGAAUGGCGGCGGUGGCCUGGUGGGUCUCUCGGGCUUGGCCAGCCUUGCACAGCAGUCGGGCCAGGGGGGAGCAAGCGCCACCGGCGGUGGUGGUCUUGGGGGCUUUGGUGGCCUCUCUGGCCUCGCCGGCCUCGCCGGAGGCGCCGCCGCCUCGCCAGCCGGCCUCGCGGCUGGGGGCGGCCUUGCGGGCGCAAGCGGCCUCGCGGCUGGGGGCGGCCUUUGCGGGCGCAAGCGGCCUCGCGGUUGGGGGCGGGCCUUGCGGGCGCAAGCGGCCUCGCGGCUGGGGGCGGCCUUGCGGGCGCAAGCGGCCUCGCGGCUGGGGGCGGCCUUGCGGGCGCAAGCGGCCUCGCGGCUGGGGGUGGCCUCGCCGGCUCAAGCGGCCUCGCGGCUGGGGGUGGCCUCGCCGGCGCAGGUGGCCUCGCCGGCGCAGGUGGCUCGAGCUGGUCUGGUCUCGCAGGCCUUGGCAGCGGAGCUGGGGGUGCCGGGGCGGGCGCCAAUACGGGCACCGGUCUCUGCGGCGGCAGAUGCGUUGAGCGCGGCAAGUCCCCCAGGUAUUGCGAGCGGACUCCAUGCGAGCUCCUUGCACACGAGCGGAUUCGACAACAGCGGCGGUGACAAUGAUGACGACGACGACGAUGAUGAUGAAGAUGAGCUGUUCUGGGGCUCGGUUUCGGACGAAGACGAAGUUUUGCUCGAACCGUACUCGCCCGAGUCCAAGCAGGCGGCCGCCGCCAUGCCGCAGGCGGCAGCGGCGGUUGCCACUACGGCUGGGAGCAGCGGCAUCGCAACGGCUAUCCGCGCCAUGCAUGUCGACGAGAACCCGUGGGGUGGUGCGCCACCAACGUGGGAAGCGACGGCGCUCCAUUGCUGCGGAAAGGAGUUUGCCACGCGCAUGGCACUUGAACAGCACAUGCGCGACUCGAAGAACCAUCCCGAGUUUCGUGUCGUGAGCAGUGCCGGCACGGCAAACAGCUCGCCCGCGUCCGUCACAGCUGAUGGCGAGUACGAGUGUCCUCAGUGCGGCAAGGCGUUUGCAGAAGAGCGGUACAUGCGGCAGCACGAGCGCGAUACACACUCUGCUGCGGCGCAGGCUGCGUGCUCCGUGUGUGGCAAAACGUUCAAGGCGAUCCAGUACCUGCAGCAGCACCAGCGCGAUGCGCACUUCAUGUCGACAAUGCCCAAAGUUGCCGAGAGCAGCAAGACGUCCAAGACGACCAAGAACCUGCCACAGCACCAGCGCGACUUGCAUCAGGGAACACCAAAGUACGAGUGCGGUGUGUGUGGCAAGCGGUUCAAGGCACCCAACUACCUGGGGCAGCACCAGCGCGACAUGGGCCACACCGCCGCGACGCAAUCGGCCGGUGUCUCGUCACUCGAUGUUCUCCAGGCGCUGGUGUGCACGCGGUGCGGACUGGCUACGUCGUCCAUGGCCGAGCUCCGGGCGCAUAUCAAGAGUUGCAAUCAGUGAAAGUCAUUGACACG